UUUUUGUCGUAUUCAACGAGUUUAAUUUCCACAGGCAAGCAUGGGAUCGUCGAUGGACGAGGUGACCGGCGUGAAUGCGACUCGAGAGGCCAAGUGGCACGCGUUGAACGUCUCCUUUCUGGACAACGGAUCUUACACGGGCUUGGAACCGACUCUCCUGGACUCCCAGGCUGUUCGCAUCAGCAUGAUCGUCAUUUAUUCCAUCAUCUUCUUCGUCACCGUCUUCGGGAAUCUCUUGGUGAUGCUGGUAAUAGUGAUCCACAGACGAAUGCGCUCGUACACGAAUUUCUUCUUGGCCAACCUUGCGUUGGCCGACUUCUGCGUGGGAGUCUUCUGCAUCUAUCAGAAUCUCACCCUUUACCUCUUGGAAGAAUGGGUUUUCGGGGAUCUCCUCUGUAAGAUCUACCACGUGAUGCACAAGAUCAGCACCACAUCUUCUGUGCUCCUGCUGGUUGUUAUAUCCAUGGAGCGAUACAUGGCCAUCGUGUAUCCCAUUAAAAGCAAGAGAUGGUUUACGCUUUUCCGCUAUCGGAUGGCGGUGGUAGCAGUUUGGACAUCAAGCUUUCUCCUCAGCAUUCCGAAACUCAUUUACCCUCGUGCAUUGACUCAUAUUCUGAGUGAUGGAACGACAGAGACCUUCUGUGCUCCGAGACAGGAUAAUUAUAACGCCAAAGCCUACGACACCAUCGAUUUCAUCCUUUUAUACAUUCUCCCUCUAUGUACGCUGUCCGUUCUCUACUCACGAAUGAGCCACGACUUGUGGAAACUUCCUCCGCGGCUUUCUAACGUACCUCCAGAUUCAGAGAAUCAUGAAACUACGAUCGACUGCCAAAAUCAAUCCUUCAAGCAAAACUUCCAGGAGUCUUUGAAUGACAGCUGCGCGGAAGUGUCUAACGGAGAAGUCGAGGAUGGACUGGAGAUGAGGGAAUUGGCCGAUACCAACCCGAGUUUGCGCGGAAGCAGGAGGGACAACGGGAACAGGUCAAGCACAAUUCUCAGGGGAAAUCGCCGGAGUAACAUCAAGAUGAGAUAUAAUCAGAAUUCUGCCAUCAAACUCAUGCAGUCACGAAGGCGAGUGAUUCGGAUGCUCUUGACCGUCGUCAUCGCUUUUGCCGUCUGCAACCUUCCCUACUACGUGAGGAAGAUGAUCUUUUACUAUGGCUCGGCGUUGAGAGAUGGUGAAGUCGCGACAGCUUUCCAGAUAUUUACAUUCCUUGCCAUGUACUUAAACUCUGCCCUCAACCCAAUACUGUAUGCAUUCCUGUCGAAGAACUUCCAGAAAAGCCUUCAGGAUAUGCUGAAGAGGAAAUCCGACGUGCCAAGAAGGCAAGGGACCCUUGGAACAUUAUCCAUGACGAUGCCGAUGAGACCUGCUCGGCGUUCUAUUUCUUCUGUCAUCGAUGAAAUCGAGCUUCAGGACCAAUUCAGAAGAGGUACCCGGCGUUACGUGUAG